GACUCCUUCUCGCCCCCUCCUGCCCCGUGGUCCCCAACCGCCGUCCGCCGCCGCAGAGGGGAGAGGCGGCCGCCGCCCGCCGCCACAGCACCGCCGGCCCCGUCGCCCCCGCGCACCCCGCCGGGUUUGAUCCGAUGGCGUCCAAGAGGAUCCUCAAGGAGCUCAAGGACCUGCAGAAGGACCCUCCCACCUCAUGCAGCGCAGGUCCUGUAGGUGAGGACAUGUUCCACUGGCAGGCAACUAUCAUGGGACCCUCUGACAGUCCGUUCACCGGUGGUCUAUUUUUGGUGAACAUUCAUUUCCCACCGGAUUACCCCUUCAAGCCCCCGAAGGUCUCUUUCCGCACCAAGGUGUUCCACCCAAACAUCAACAGCAACGGCAGCAUUUGCCUUGACAUUCUCAAGGAACAGUGGAGCCCGGCUUUGACCAUAUCAAAGGUCCUCCUGUCAAUCUGUUCGUUGCUGACGGACCCCAACCCUGAUGAUCCCCUGGUGCCUGAGAUCGCUCACAUGUACAAGACUGAUCGGGCCAAGUAUGAGUCCACGGCACGCUCCUGGACACAGAAGUACGCCAUGGGCUAGAGCCUGGACGGCCAGCUGGUGACCAUGGAUGCGCCGAGCCCAGAACCGUUAUCACCUAAAUAACCAACCAAAGUAUCACCCCACCCUGCGACGAAGUGAAUGGACUUUUGAGGCCGUCGUGCCCCUGUUGAACUCGUAUGAAUGUACUCUUGCCAUGUCAAGUCCGUUGGGUCUGGGUAGUCUGUUCUACCUGACGUUUCGUUAUCCAUUAAGUUAAAUCUCUGUCGUAUCUAUGAUAUGUGUGGCUAUCCAUUGCAUGCUU